AUGUCUGCUCCAAACGACAGCGAUGACGUGGCAGAUCAGCACCAGUUCGACCGCCUCAAUCAAAUACUUUCGAGCGGUAGCCUAGACGAGACGGAGCAGCAUGUCACCAUUGCUUGCCAAAUUAUCGAUCAGAUUACCAUCGCCCUCAUGCCAUGCGGUGCAGCUACCGAUGCACAGCGAUGGGUCAAGGCUCUCUCGGAACUGAAGAAGCAGACCAAGCCCACCCCAGUCAUCAUCGGAGUUGUCGGCAGUACUGGAGCUGGCAAAAGCUCAUUAAUCAAUGCCAUGCUCGACGAGGAACGUAUCGUGCCAACCAGUGGCUUUCGUGCGUGCACGGCUGUCAUCACAGAGUUGGCAUGGAAUGACUCUGAUGUACCAGAAGAGCUCUACAAAGGCGAGAUCGAGUUCAUCCAGCCAGGAGAUUGGGCUACGGAGCUAAAACAGCUCCAAGGCGAUUUUAUCGAUUCCAAAGGCCAAGCUUCAAGCGACCCUUCGGAAGCCGACAGCGAUGCAGGCGUGGCUUGGGCAAAAGUCAAAGGAGUGUAUCCUCAUUUAUCCCAGAAAGAAUUCACAGAGAUCAACUUAGACGAGCUAUCAAAUGAUGCCAGGGUUCGCGAGGUACUUGGCACGACAAAGUUGAUUUCAGCCGCCUCAGUCAAGGCAUUCUACUCCCAACUUCAGCAGUACGUCUCGAGCGCAGGAAACAAAUCUCGGAAGCGUAAAUUCUCCGCCAAGAACAAGACUGGGGAUGAGGUGAAGUUCGAGUAUUGGCCAUUGGUCAAGAUGGUUAGAGUGUACACAAAGGCGCACGCUCUCCGUACUGGUGCUCGAAUUGUUGACUUGCCUGGUAUCCAAGACGCAAAUGCUGCAAGAGCAGCAGUCGCUGCCAGAUAUAUCCAGAAUUGCAGCGCUCUCUGGAUCGUGGCGCCAAUAACCAGAGCAGUCUCGGACAAAGCCGCCCAAGACCUACUGGGGCAGACAUUUAAACUGCAAGCCAAGUACGACAACUCGUUCUCCAAGAUUACUUUUAUUGCCUCCAAAACAGAUGACAUCAACGUUUCAGAAACUAUUCAUGACUUUGGAGACGACUCAAUUGACUCUGACUCGGAGGAGGCAGACUUCUUAGAUGAUUACAACGUUGCCACUGAGGAAACAAAAAAAAGUCAACACGAGCUGGAAAUUGUCAAAACCAGCCUCAAAGAAUCCAAGCAAUCCGUUGAAGGUCUCAAGGCCGAGAUAAACAAAUGGCGGAAGUUGGCAGACAAACUAGCCGAGGGGAAGAGCGUGUUCACCCCAGGUACAACCCGCGACGGUAAGCUGCGGCCGCGUGACGAAAAUGGAAAGGUGAUCAAACCAGAAGACGAAAAGGUGACCCAAGAAGAAUUCUUUGACAAGAAUGGCAAGAAGACCAAAACGGAAACCUACAUUCCCGUUCCUCGGCGUCCUUCUGCAGCACCAGCACAGGGCAGGGGCGACAGUGAUGGAAGUGGCUCAUCAACCAAAAUGGAAAGAAAGCCGCUAUCUCACGAGCAGAUUCAGUCCAGAUUGACUGAUUUGAAUACUUCACUUGAGAAGGCUCUGGGCCUCGUUAAGAAACAAGAUGCUCAGGUCGUGCUCAAGGAGGAGGAUCAUCGUGUCUUGCAGCAUAGGCUCUCUGAGAUGCAACCCCAUGCGAGAGAAAUUUGUAUUCGCCAGCGAAACAUCGAUUCAGAGGAGGGGAUUCAGAAAGAUUUCGCAAGAGGUAUUAAGGAAUUGGACGUGGAAGACGAAAGUGAUUUUGAUCCUGAGGAAAACAAAGACUAUAAAAAGAUUGGAGCCUCGUUGCCAGUCUUCUGUAUCAGUUCUACGGCAUACCAAACUCUGAACAACCGUUUCCAGCACGACAGCAAGAUCACGGGCUUUGCAACUCUUCAAGACACCGGGAUUCCUCAAUUGCAAGACCAUGCUGUCUUGAUGACUGGAUCAGCCCGAAUGAAUACUGCAAGAGGAUUUCUCAACAUCUUCUUCCAGCAACUCAAUUCUUUGUCCAUUUGGGCAGCUAACCAAACCUAUCAAUCCCAUUUAGAAGCCAGUGAAAGGGAGACAGAGAUGGCUCAUAUUCGUAUCAUUUCAGAAACUCUGCGCGAAAACCUCAUCGAGAAGGUAAAUCAAACCGUGAAUGAUAUAGAAGACACACUGUCGAGUCGCCUGACCAAUCGUUUUGGCGCUGGCUGUGUCAAGGCAGAGCAAGAAGCAAUCAUCAUUGCUCAAGCCUGGGGCAACAAACCAAACGAUGGAGGCAUGUUCUGGGCAACUUACAAGGCUACCUGUCGUCGAGACGGCGAGUUCUCUGGAUCUCGUGGAUACAGAAACUUGAACGAAGAAUUGAUCGCACCCCUCAAGUCCAAGCUCGCCAACGCCUGGGAGAAGAUGUUUUCAACCACCAUACCUAAGAGGUUGGAGAAGUCCUCACAAGAUGGUCGAGACAUCUUGCAAGACUUCCAUUCAUCUUAUAUCACACGCAUGGAAUCGAAACUCGAUGCUACCGAUAUUAUCAUCAUGAAUUCGCAAAUCAAGGUUCAAUCUCGCGUCCUCAAGCACGCAAUGUCGGACAUCGUGGUCAAGGUCAACGCUCUACAACGAGGCGCUAACAGGCUGUUCACUCCAGCCAUCAUGCGAAGACUUACACAGGCAUAUAAUGACUGUGUCGAAGAACACGGCAGAGGCAGCUUCAGACGGAUGAAAGACAUAAUGGUCACCUGCAUCGAAGAAGAGAAGGCACAAAUGUUUCAAGACUCAUGCGAAAGUGUGGAAGAAGCCCUGAUUCUCAUGUGCGACGAGAUCAAGCAGGACAUGCUGACGACGACCAACGAGGCUGUGAACGCCAUGAUCUCUGACUAUUUAGAACCCCUUGCAGGACGCAAGAUUUCGCCGGCUUCCAAGGCUAUACGUUCAUGCGUGCAAAGAUUUCUGUCAGAAGUACACUCCAGCUUCCGUCUCGGCCGAGUCAAUCCUAUUCGUAUCUCCUCCCACAGAAGAAAACACAUCCAUUUGAAGAAGGGAAAAUAUGGAGUCUUGAUGAAGGGAAAGUCCAGAUGGUUGAAGGCCAGAUCGUACAAGCCAUUGAAGAAGAGAAAGUGCCGCGCCUUGAAGAAGCAUAAGUAUCGUUUCUGA